AUGGAAAAAGGGCCAGAGCUGGAAAGGCAAGCAGAACUGGAACAACUGGCAGAUAAGGAGGAUGACAAGAAGGCGAAAGAGGCGCUCAAGGAGCGCAAAAAGGAUGCUUCCAAGAAGGACGGUGAGGAGAACAAGGAGGAAAGCAACGGCAAAGACAAGGAAGACUGGAGCAACUGGUCUGGCUGGAAAGGAGGUGGUGGGGGUGGCAACUCCUGGAAGUCCAAUUGGAAGUCCCAAGGGGCCCAAGGAUGGGGACAGAAUCAGAAGUGGAAGGAUUGGAAAGCCGAUGAUGGCGGCAAGGACGGCUGGAAGCGACAGAAAGGCUCCGGGCAAGGUUCCUUGGACGCCGCGCCGCCCGAGGAAUCGGCAGAGGAGCUGGAAAGACGAAAGAAGCGUGCGGCGCGCUUCGAGACAACCGAGGUGGCCAAGCCGUCAACGACGACUUGCAAAAUUGAAUGGUCCGCAGCGCCGGAAAAGGAGGCAAACGGCGAGGCUGCGGGCGAAGCUGGCGAGGAGGAGAAGAAGCCAGAGACAGAAGAGGCAGAAAAGGCUGCAGAAGAGGAGCGUGCAAAGCAGAUGCGAAGCGAUGGGGUGCACCACCGGUCUGAAAGCGAGGAUGAUUAG